AAGAUAUGAUUGUUUGUGUUAAGGUGAAAUAAGGUAUCAUAUGCUUAUAGUACGGUUAUUUAUUCGAACGCACUGUGGAAUAAAUGAUUUAAACGAGUUUUUGCAAGGCGCAACAAAUUUUAUACUUGUUUUCCAUUUUUUCUUGUCAUUUUUAUUUUUUACUGUGGUCAACAUGGAGAACUUUUUGGGAAAAGUAGUUAUGCCGGGCGAUAAACUGUUUGAUUUGAGUGCAGCUGAAACUAAUAAAAAAAUUGUUUUCGGACCUGGUUUAAGACGAGAAGAUGAUACGAUAAUGGCAAUUAAAUGUGGUGUUUUAAAGCAAAAUACUUCAAAAAUAUAUUAUAUUGAAAGUCACCAAAUGAGGACUGGUGACAUACUGUUUGCAAAAAUAUUGACUGCUUGUAAAGAUAUGGAACCAGAACUUGUUUGCGUAGAUAGCUAUGGAAAAAGUGUUGGUUUUGGUGUACUUCCAGAUGAUGGAUUUAUGUUUCAAAUUCCAUUAGAAUAUGCCAGAAGACUGUUACUACCCGAUUCUCCAAUUCUGAAGCGUUUGGGGCAAAGUCUCACUUUUGAAGUUUGUGUAGGAUUGAAUGGAAGGAUAUGGAUUAAGUCGACUUCUGUUCAGAAGACAUUAGUUUUAGUUCAAGCAAUUAAAGUGUUAGAACAUGCUACUGCUGAUCAAAUUGAAAUGAUGUGUGAAGGCAUGUCCUCUGUAAAUCUACACUAAAUUGAACAGAAGUUAUUUUUGUAAAUAAAAAUCUUUUAUGUACAUUGCAA